AUGGACCGACUCAAACGAAAACGUUCCACCAUCCGUGCAGCAGUGACAAAGAUAACGGAAGACAUCGUGCAACUUACUCAGCAGCCAAGCACAACGAAUGUUAAAGGUGAGCUGCAACAGAAACUCGACCUCCUCACUGUUAAAGAGAGUGCCUUAGAACAGCUAAACGUCGCAAUAGAAGAAUUAACGACCGACGAGGCCUAUGACGAGGAACUGACUGGAUCGCAGGCUUAUGAAGACAAAAUUUGCACCACAAGGUCGAUUGCCAAGCAUGCCCUAGAUAGUCCCCCCACUGACGCAAGGAGCUCCAGUAAUUCGAGAAGUCAAAAUUCCACAAAUGUGAAACUUCCGAAACUGGAAAUCUCAAAAUUCGACGGGGAUCUCAGAAACUGGGAAAGCUUUUGGGACCAGUUCGACUCUACCAUCCACUCUAACGAAUCGCUCUCCAAGGUGGACAAGUUCAAAUAUUUGAAAAGCUACUUGACAGGAAAGGCAAUGACAGUGAUCAAAGGACUUUCGCUUUCCGAAGAAAACUACUCGACCGCCAUUGAACUUCUGAAGGACCGAUUCGGGAAGAAAAGUCUAAUUAUCGACGAACACAUGUCAAGAUUGUUAAACUUGCCAAAGGUAAAUGAUUCAAGUCAAGUCGCUAAGCUACGCGAACUUUACGACGAAGUGCGAACUGGGGUCAGGUGCCUGGAAGCCUUGGGUGUGGCUCAUUCUUCAUAUGGUGUGCUGUUGCUAUCCGUUUUACGCAAGGCAGUCCCUGUGGAUAUCAACUUGGAAUAUGAUCGAAAGCAUGCGGACAAGGAUGAUUUUGACUCCUACUUGACAUUUUUGAACUUAGAAGUUGCCGGACGCGAGAGAGGUCAACGCGGGGGAGCUAGCAAGCCUCACAUAACGAAACAACUUGGAGACGGUACCCGAAGUCGCCAACACAACAAUCUCCCAUCAGGAGUUGCUUUAACGGUUGGCGCAGAACAAACAAAAUGCGUAUUUUGUGAGUCUACUGAUCAUUCCCUGCAGAGCUGCGCGGCUCCUCUUUCUUUGGAACAAAAAAGGGAGAAGCUCAAAGCAGAGAGACGAUGUUUUCGAUGUGGCAAACAAUAUCAUCGGGCACGGGAAUGCAGAAGUGGGUCCCGACUGUGCUGCGCAUUUUGUAAUGGGAAACACUUGACAGUGAUGUGCGACCUAACAUGGAAACGUGGCGCCGGAUCCGAAGUUGCCACAACAGCUACUGAAACUCAGACAAUGAAGCCAACGGUAGUUGCCACGUUGAGAGAUUCCAGCCCGACGUACGCUGCAAACAGCACAGUGCUCCUUCAGACUCUUCGUGCAUAUGCAGAAAGUGAAAGUGAUCGAAGGCUCACACGCAUUCUGAUGGAUGGGGGCAGCCAACGCACAUUUAUUAAGAAGUCAUUGUCGGAGAUGCUUAAAUGCCAAACCUUAGGAGAAGAAGAGUUAACAGUCCACACCUUUGGCUCUACAUCAACUAUCCUGAGAAAAUGCCGCAGGGUACAAGUAUGGUUGCGUAGCCAGUUUGACCGUAACGAAAUCGCAGUCGAGGCGCUCGAGAUGCCAGAAAUUUGCACUGAUGUCAUGCGAGUGCCGAACAACGACCUCAUAGCCAAAAUGGAACGGGACGGUCUCUGCGUAGGUGACGUUCCGAUGACUAACACCGACUGCGACCAUGGAAUCGGAAUCCUUAUCGGAGCAGACUGCUAUUGGAGGGUCGUCACCGGAGAGACAAAGUAUUUGAGCGAAUCAUUGGUGGCUAUCAAUACAAUCUUUGGUUGGACUCUUCAAGGACCGGUACCAACAAGUACAGUUACAACUUGCACUAAUGUCUGCGUCAUGAGAACGGUAGUUGACCAAAACGAGGCAGACAUAUCGAACGAACUGAGACGAUUUUGGGAACUAGAGCAUAUGGGUAUACAAACAAAGGAUACGGUUUGCGACAAGGUAAACGACACUAUCGUGCGAGAGUUCGAAGCAAAGAUAAAGCACAAUGAAGACGGAAGGUACGAGGUACACAUACCGUGGAAAACCAGUGAUCCCUGUUUGCCAACAAACAAGCGAACUGCAGAGGAAAGACUGAACUCGUUAACGAAAAGGCUUUUGAAGAACCAGCACGUCAUGAUGGAGUACGACACCACUAUUCGGCAAUAUUUGAAUGACGGACACGCAGAGAAAGUUGAUAUCAAAGCAAACGCCGACGGACCAGUCUUCUACCUGCCUCAUCGAGCUGUAUUUAGACCUGACAAAGCAAGUACUAAAGUGCGCAUCGUGUUUGACGCCUCGUCCAGUGCUUCGGACUGCCCUUCGUUAAAUGACUGCCUGGAAGUUGGGCCAAACCUGAAUCCUGAUCUCCUGGCGACAAUUCUAAGAUUCCGUAAGCACAGUGUUGCCGUUACAGCCGACAUUGAGAAAGCAUUCUUGCAAAUUUCUCUCAAUCCGAACGACAGAGACGCUUUCAGAUUCAUGUGGUACACUUUCAUGCCGGAGAGCGGAAGACCACUGUCCGAGAUUGAGGUGUGGAGAAUGACGAGGGUGCCCUUUGGUGCCGCGUCCAGCCCAUUCCUUCUUGCAGCAACACUUCGUUAUCAUUUCAACUUAAUGUCUAGCACGUACCCCGAAACCUGCAGGAAGCUAACGGACGGCUUCUAUGUGGAUGACUUUGUGACUAGCGUCAGGUCAAGAGAAGAGGCUGAAAUUCUGCACGAUGAGGCAGAUAAAGUUCUUUCGGCUGCUGGCAUGCAUCUAAGGAAGUGGGCGACGAACGACAGUGAGCUACAGGUAUCGUUCAGGACUAAAAACAAAGACAACAGUCAGAUGAAAAAGGUCUUGGGCAUUGUUUGGAACACGACAAAUGACGUCCUGUCACCUCCAAUGGACUCAUUGGACCAGUUCCUGACAAAGAAAAGAGACACGAAGAGAUGUUUACUUCAAGUUAGUGCACGAAUAUACGACCCUCUCGGCAUUCUCUCGCCCUACACAGUCAAGGCAAAAAUACUAAGUCAACGAGCAUGGGAAUUGGGCAUCGGAUGGGACGACGAGCUACCCGAACACAUCAGUAAAGAGUGGCAACAGUGGUGCAAGGGAAUUCCAUUUCUACCAAAGAUCACUGUGCCAAGGGCAAUCACAGACAAUGACUCAGUUGUGUCCCGAAGUAUUCAUUGCUUCUGCGAUGCGAGCCAGCAAGCGUACGGUGCAGUGCUGCAUCUGCGCACAGUGUACGAAGAUGGAAGCAUAAAUGUCGUUAUCGUGGCUGCUAAAUCGAGAGUAGCCCCACUAAAGCGAGUUUCACUCCCAAGACUUGAGCUUUUGGGUGCUCUUGUGGGUGCUAGGCUUACUAACUACGUGACAGCAACUUUGAACUACGAAGGCCUCACCGUGCGGUAUUGGACCGAUUCGACCGUGGUUCUUCACUGGGUAAAAGGAAGCGCUAGUAGAUGGAAACCCUUUGUUGCCAACCGCGUCACCGAGAUUGAAAGUAUGUGCAACCCUUCAGACUGGCAUCACUGUCCAGGUGAAUCUAAUCCAGCUGAUCUGCUAACAAGAGGAGUGCUGCCCGACAUGCUCAUGAAGGACGACUUCUGGUGGAAGGGACCUGAGUGGCUCAACAAUGAAGAGGCCCUCUGGCCGAAAUUCGAAGUUGACACCUUGGAGCUUCCUGAAACAACAUCGCGAGAGGAAAGAAAAAACGCAACAGCGAUGAUGGCGACGGAUGCCGAUGUUAGCACGCCACUCCUCACUCUUGAGAACCACAGUUCUCUUCUGACUGUGCUUCGAAUCACCGCGUGGAUCAAGCGUUUUAUUCACAACUGUCGACAGAAAGAUGCUAGGAUUUCUGGCCCGCUCAAUGCGGCCGAAAUCCAAAGUUCGCUGAGACAAUGGAUCCGCCAGGUGCAGAGGGAAAGCUUUCCAGGAGAACUGGAGAUACUAUCAUCGGGCAAAAACACUGUCGGCGAAACGUCUCCACUACGAACCCUGUCACCCUACGUGGACGAGGAUCAAAUAAUGCGCUUGCGAGGAAGGUUGCAACAGCGCGAAGCAGAGACAGCAGUUAAGCAUCCCAUAAUUCUUCCCAAGGAUCACGACUUCACUUCGAAACUCAUCAUGCAGGAGCAUUUGCGACUUCUGCAUGGAGGUGUUAGAGACACCUUAGUGCAGCUCCGUGAAUCCUAUUGGAUACUGAGAGGAAGGCAAGCAGUCAAACGAGCUAUUCAUCAAUGUUUGACCUGUCGGAAAUGGCGAUCCAAGCCAGCGGAUGAGGCAAUGGCACCACUACCACGCGACCGUGUGACAGAGGCAGAACCAUUUGUUGUAUCUGGAAUUGACUUCGCCGGACCUUUGUUCUACAAAACUGAGACCGGAAGCAGCAAGGCAUACAUAGUUCUGUUCACGUGUGCCGUAACUAGAGCCGUGCACCUCGAAUUGGUAACCGAUCUAACAGCAGCCACUUUUCUAUUGGCUUUCCGUAAAUUUAUUUCCAGGAGAGGGAUAUGCCAUACUGUGUACACAGAUAAUGCCCUCACUUUCAAACGUGCAUCGAAAGACCUUAAACAGCUCUGGACCGAAAUGCGAGGCGGCGAAGUACAGGACUAUUUCUCUGGGACGCACAUAACUUGGAAAUUUAUCGUUGAGAGAGCAGCGUGGUGGGGCGGAUUCUGGGAACGGAUGGUGCGCACGGUCAAAACGACUCUCCGGAAGGUCCUGGGCAAAAGUAGCUUGACGCUUGACCAACUAACAACGCUACUCACAGAGGUAGAAGCCAUGGUGAACUCUAGGCCCAUCUCCUUCGUCUACUCGGACAGCAACGAACCCGAUCCCUUGUCACCGGCCCACUUCCUAGUCGGUAAGCGUAUAACCCGACUGCCUGACCAGCCUACUGUUACCUCGGGGCCCGGCCAGCCGCAGCUGUCGAAGAUGCUGCGUUACCGAGAGGCUCUCCUGCGGCACCUGUGGAAGCGGUGGGUACACGAGUACCUCCUGGAACUGCGUACAGCACAUGAGCAGCGCACUGCGACCUCAACGGCACCGCAAGUAAACGAUUUAGUGUUGCUAAAGGAGGACCGUCUUCCCAGACAAAUGUGGAGGAUGUGUCGUGUUGUGAAAGUGUUCCCUGGCAGAGAUGGACGUGUACGAUCCUGUGAGGUCCGACUUCCCGGAGGUGGAACACUUAAACGUGCCAUCCAACAUCUCUUCCCGCUAGAGAUUGUAUAA